CUAUAAUAUAUACAAAUCAUAUAACGCUAUCAAUCAACUGUAUCACACAGCCGGUUUAUUCAGAAUCAUACAUAUAUCAAUAACAGUAAACUAUAUUUGGUCUAUCUAAAUCAAAUGAUGGUCUCAUUUUUAAAGAAGAAAGAGUACAGCCGUACAGGACAAGACUUACAAUAUACUCUUUUCUAAAGUAUGAUUAAUUAAUUGGGAUAAUCCAAAUCCAUACAAUAAUUAAUUCUACUUAGCAAGAAAACAAAAAAAAAUGGGGGUUUUGAAAAUAUAUAAUAUAUGUAAAUGAUUUGUUGGAUUUUAUCUCACUUCUUAACUUUUUCUAUUUUUAAAAUCAUCAAGUUUUAUCAAUUAUGAUGUAGAUUUAUCUUUAAAAAUUGAACCCUGCAUCUAAACUCUCCUAAUUUUUAAAAAUAUUAUAUUAUAUUAACUAUUUUAAACAGAGUAAUGCUAUAAUGGUUACAGUAAAACUAAACUAGAAAACGGCUAAACCAGUUUGGAAAAGAAACCCUAAUGCUACAUGGAUUUUGAGUGACCCCAAUCGUUUGCGACCUAAGCUUUCGAAAAACCUCUCACCACCAUCAACAACAUAUUACAUAUAUCUCGAGUAUAAUUAAUUUUUAGUAUAAUUAAUUUUUUAGUGUAAUUUUAAAAAACUAUAGAAAGUUUUUAUUUACUUUGAGUAAAUUUAUAAACUAUUUAGUCUUUUGAAAACAUAAAUGAUAAUUACAUAUUAAAAUAAAUAAUAGCUAAACUUUGGUAAUUAUUAUUUUUAUUAAUAAUAAAGUAUUUUCAUUGAUAAAAAUAUUUUAUGUAUACAUCGUAUAUAUAUCUCCUACGUUUUAUUAUAAAAUAUUUAUAGUCAGAAUUUACCAAUACAACCUAUUAAACUACAUCAAAAUCUCUAUAAUAAAAUAGAUAGUAUAAAUGUACAGUUAUAGUCAAUUAUCUACGAAAUUUAUUUUAGAUACAGUUCAACCAUCUAAAGUCUCUUUUAAGUAACCUGAAAAGUUAAGUUAAAAAUGCGGUGUUGUCCCAAAUUAUCAUGUUAUUCCGUAAUGCUAGAGAGAAAUUCCAACUCGGAUGAGAAGAAGAAUAGAGAAGUUUUUCUUUCUUUUUUAAAUAACUCUGGCGUCAUUAUUAUUAUUUGAGGUAUUUUUACUUACAAUAAAUUUAAUGAUUUUGCCUUGUGUAGGAUGUCUUGCACCUUCAGAGUCAAGGUGCGUUAAUUCUCUGAAAUGAUACAAUUUCAUCAAAUUGAUCGACAAACAAAAAAAUUGUGGUGCCGUCUUUAUGUGUGUCAGUGUGUGUUAUGUAUAUACAGCUUCUAAUAAUUAGGAGAAAAAUAGGAAACAUAACGAAAAAUUAAGUUUUGUCUGUAUACCUCAAUUAUUGCAGGAGUCCCUGAAAUAAAUCCAAGAUUUUCCGAACCAUCACCAAAUGAGCUUUGAUCAAAGUUCACUUUCUUCAGUUUCAUGUUCAUCAUUGGUGGACGCCUUACUCCCACCAGGAGUACAUACCAGUUCGAAAUAUUUUAUAUACUGACGAAUAUAUUGUAAUCGGGCAUACUAUAUAUAGAGUUGACCUGGUAAUUAUUGGUUGAUACUUGGUAGUUGGUACGCAUACAUUUACAUAUUGCCUCUUUAACGUUUUAUAAAAACUGCCUCACGUCACAUAUAUAUAUGCAUCUAUACAUUCGGAUUUUACCGAGUUUUACAUAAAAAUUUAAAUUAUCUAAAGAAAAUGGUUACUAGACAAGAAAAAUAGAAAGGAAAAGUUAGGUUUGUUUUCCUUAAGUGGAUAACAAUGAAACCAAAAGAGAAUAUUUGAUAGUAGUGUCCCAUGAGACAUCUCACAACUAAGAUUUCUUGUAACUUUGUUUUUUCUUGAAACUCCCCACCAUAACUACGUACAUUACACAAGCAUGGAUCCAAUUAAUUUUAUAAUAUUGUAAGACUCUAACUUGUCAUCUUCCAAACCUUAGCUACAUGCAUGUUAUAUAUUAUUCUAUUUCCAUACAUCAAAAUAUGCCAAUUUCUCCCUAGCUAUAAAUAUAUACAUAAUUGAACCUAGACACACCCCUCUCCCCCUUCCUCCUCUUUCUUUGAACCUUUACAUGCCCUCUUGGUAAAAACGUUUUUAGAUUUAAAUAUACAUAGUAAGCUACAGAUUUAUUCACAUAAUGGGUUUGAAAGAUAUUGGGUCCACAUUGCCACCGGGAUUUCGGUUUCACCCAAGCGAUGAAGAGUUGGUUUGUCAUUAUCUCUGCAACAAGAUUAGGGCAAAAUCUCUCCACUGUAAUGUUGAGGAUGACGACGUUGAUGAAGCCUUGCAGGAUGCUACUGAUCUUGUGGAGAUUGACUUGCAUAUUUGUGAGCCGUGGCAGCUCCCUGAUGUGGCAAAGCUGAACGCCAAAGAAUGGUACUUCUUCAGUUUUCGCGAUCGAAAAUAUUGCACUGGUUAUCGUACAAACAGAGCAACAGUAAGUGGAUACUGGAAAGCAACAGGCAAAGAUCGAACUGUAAUUGAUCCACGAACAAGGCAAUUGGUAGGGAUGAGGAAAACACUGGUGUUCUACAGAAAUAGAGCACCGCAUGGGAUCAAAACUACUUGGAUCAUGCACGAGUUCCGUCUUGAGUGUCCUAACAUGCUACCCAAGGAAGACUGGGUCUUGUGCAGAGUGUUCAACAAAGGCAGAGACUUAUCGCUACAAGACAAUAACAAUGAUCACCUGACGCGAAGGUUUGCGGUUAAUGGCGCUCCGGAUCUUAAUUACGCUCCUAAUUACAACAAUCAGUUGCACCCUUUACUAUCAUCCUCUCCUUCAACCACCAUCGACCCUCUACAUCAUCUUGAUCAGUGGGGGCAGCUAAUGAAGCAGCCUUCAAGGACUACUGACCAUCCCUAUCAUCACCAUUGUAAACAUCAAACCAUAGCAUGUGGCUGGGAGCAGAUGAUGGGUUCGAUGUCAUCAUCGUCGACACAUGGCCAUGAUCACGAGUCCUUGCUAAAUUUGCUUUACGCCGACAAUAACAACAAUAUCAACGUCACUGAUGAUCAGUACAUUCAGAACUACGAGAAGAUAUUGUUCCCAUCAGACUCAACUAGUUUGGAUCAUGAUAAGAUAUGUAUGGGGACAUCAUCCGAUGGUGGUAUGGUCUCUAAUCCUCGCAUGGAAUGUGGCGGCUUAAGUUUUGAGACUGACAACCCCCUCUCUUUCCAUUGAAACAUACUACACAAUUGCAUAUAUCCGCCGAUUUGUUGAUUCGCAAAAUAUUUUAAAAGAAAUUUUAUAUAAUGAUAAUAUGUAAUAAUAAUGUGAUAAAUAUAUGAUCUUAUUCUCCUUAUCAUAUUUCCGUUCCUUUUGCUCUUAUUUUGCGCUUUCAGUUUAAAGAAGAAUUUUCUCCCUUUUUUAUGUUUUCUGUUAAUAAAAAAAUUCAAAAUUAAAUAUAAUCUAAGGACAUGAUUAAUGAGGGAGUUCUUAAGAUAUUUAAGAACUGAUUCUUAGUUUUUAGUUAAAAGUUAAGAGACGAGUUCUUAUAUUCCACUAAAAACUUCAUCUUAAGAACUCUCCAUUAAUCAUGCUGUUAGGAUAUCUCCUAUUAAAAGAUUAUUAUUUUUGGUAAAAAAAAAUCUAGUAAAAAACCUUUAGAGCAUAUUUAUUGCAGAUCUCUUAGAUUGAGAUUCUUAGCGUA